CCUGGAUGGCCUGGAACUCACUUAUGGUAAAACUUCUUCUUAGCAUCCUGAGUACCCUGAGUAGCUGGGACUUCAGGUGUGAGCCACAGUUCCUGGCCAAACUCUUCUUUUUGAGGUGUGAGGUAGAUAGUAAACAGAACACUAAACCAGGAAGCUGGAGAACCAAAUUUGUCUUGUUUUUUAUUGUGGACAUUAUGUCAGAGUCUUUAAGUUGGAGUCUUUCCUCAGUUCCUCUACCCCACAGAGCUGGAAGAAACCACGGAUUAUAUAUAGUCUUUGGUUAUUAGCUCUGCAGUUAGGCAAAAUUGCACUUUUUCUUUUUCUUUUUUUUUUUCCCUGAGACAGGGUUUCUCUGUGUAGCUGUGGCAGUCCCAGAACUCACUCUGUAGACCAGGCUGGCCUCGAACUCACAGAGAUCUACCUGCCUCUGCCUCCCGAAUGCUGGGAUUAAAGGCAUGCGCCACCACUGCCUGGCAAUCGAAGACUCUUUAGAUAACAAAUCAUUAUAGUUUCUGGGAUGUUCAUCUACAUAUGCUCAAAAAAAAAAAAAAGAUGGAGUCCAGACUAUUGGCAAGCCUACAAAAUCAAGAGUAAAUUUUUCAGUAUUUGGUUAUAUGAAGUUUUCCAUACACACUACCCCUUCCUAAGUAACCAUCAUAGUUGGUUACUUUUUUGUGUUCACUUGAUUGGGCUGAAAGAUGCCUGGAUAGACAGAUGUAAAACAUUUUUGGGUGUGUCAUUUGCAGGUGACCUGAGUAAAGAAGCCUGUCCUCACCGGUGUGAACAGAUGGAACAAUAAGGCACGGGGUAAAUUCACUCUGAGAACUGGGACAUCUCUCUGCGCCACACUCCAGUGAGCCUGUUUUCCACGGACUGGGCCAGCUCUUUUACAUCGUAGCUUUCCACUUUCAUCCCCUCCUCAGGCGGCCAGUCUCUGACACCUCCAGACUCUACCACUGGCUCCUCUGGUUCUCCAAAGCAUACCAACCAACUUUCCUGGGGCUGCAGAUGACAGGUUGUGGAAUUUAGCCUCCAUAAUCGGUGGCUAAUUGUGUACAAUCUAUGUUUCUCUGGGGAACUCUAAAACAUCACCACACUGCAAAUGUCUCUGACCCUGCACACUGUGGCUUCCAGGUGCUUAAGAAGACAUGGUCCCCUCUAAUUACAGGCAAGUACACAGGUGAUUUAAAAAAAGCAGUGAUCGGCCAUCCUGGUCUACAAAGUGAGUUCCAGGAUAGCUAGGGCUGUUACACAGAGAAACCCUGUCUCCAACACCCCCACCAUCACCACCACCACACAAAAGUAAGCAGUGACGGGCUGGAGAGAUGGCUCGGCGGUAAAAGCCACUGGCUGCUUUUCCAGAGGACCAGGGUUCAUUCCCAGCAUCCACAUGAUAGCUCAUAACUGUAACUCCAGUUCCAGAGGCUCUGACGCCAAUACGCGUUAAAUAAGAAAAAUAAAAAGCAGUGACAAAGCCUUGGAUUCAUGCCUUUGGACCUAUCCUCCGCUUGUGCUACUCACCCAAGACUAAACCAAAUGUUCUUUUUACCCUGUCCUAGGGACGUUUGUACAGUCUUUUAACCACAGAGCAUCACACCUAGUUAGUUGCCUCCGUUUUUCUUUCCCACUAGACCACAAGCUCUCUCAGCUGUGGUGCAUUUUAUUCAGCGUGUCCCCAGGGCCUUAAAAGGAGCCCCAGCACACCUCUUGCGCGCUCAGAGCAUUUGCAAAGAACCAAUCAAUGCGAGAAUGAAUGCGCCACCCGGCCCUGCAGGGUCGCGGAGCGCCUCUCCAUCCUGACUUUGCUCUCUGUGCCCAGGCAGCUCUCGCAGAAGAGGUCGGGAGUUCGAGGGGGUCACGGAGAACCAGGGCGAAAGACUGUGCGGAGCCCGGCUGCGCGGGGGUGCUUGCCCACCUACCAAGAAGAGCUUCCCCUGCACCAGGAUAACUUCACCUCCCGGAAGCCGCCGCGCCGGCCUUGCCCCGCCCCUCCGGAAAGUGGGCGUGACCCUCAUGAAUAAUGAAUCGCCGGGGGGAGGGGAGGGGUCCGCCCCCCUCGGGCGGGAAGGGGGAAGCGCCGAGGCUGCCUGACUGGAAUCCAGGGAGCUGCAGCGACGGCGGCCGCGGGAGCAGGGCCGGCCAUGGCGGUGUGGACGCGGGCCACCAAAGCGGGGCUGGUGGAGCUGCUGCUCAGGGAGCGCUGGGUGCGGGUGGUGGCCGAACUCAGCGGCGAGAGCCUGAGCCUGACGGGCGACGCGGCGGCGAUCGAGCCCGAGCCGCCGGCUGCCGCCUUCAACGGUCUUCCGAACGGCGGCGGCGCCGGCGGCGGCGGCGACUCGCUGCCCGGGAGCCCGAACCGCGGCCUGGGGCCGCCCAGCCCGCCCGCCCCGCACCGCGACCCCGCGGGGGAGGCGGGCGCCUCGCCGCCCGUGCGCCGAGUGCGAGUGGUGAAGCAGGAGGCGGGCGGCCUGGGCAUCAGCAUCAAGGGCGGCCGCGAGAACCGGAUGCCGAUCCUCAUCUCCAAGAUCUUCCCGGGGCUGGCGGCCGACCAGAGCCGGGCGCUGCGCCUGGGCGACGCCAUCCUGUCGGUGAACGGCACCGACCUGCGCCAGGCCACCCACGACCAGGCCGUGCAGGCGCUGAAGCGCGCGGGCAAGGAGGUGCUGCUGGAGGUCAAGUUCAUCCGAGAAGUAACACCGUAUAUCAAGAAGCCAUCUUUAGUAUCAGAUCUGCCAUGGGAAGGGGCUGCUCCCCAGUCACCAAACUUUAGUGGAAGUGAAGACUCUGGUUCUCCAAAGCAUCAGAAUAGCACCAAGGACAGGAAGGUCAUCCCUCUCAAAAUGUGCUUUGCUGCUAGAAACCUAAGCAUGCCAGAUCUGGAGAACAGAUUGAUAGAGCUACAUUCUCCUGAUAGCAGGAACACCUUGAUCCUACGCUGCAAAGAUACGGCCACAGCACACUCCUGGUUCGUAGCUAUCCACACCAACAUAAUGGCUCUCCUCCCACAGGUACUGGCUGAACUCAAUGCCAUGCUUGGUGCAACCAGUACAGCGGGAGGCAGCAAGGAAGUCAAGCACAUUGCCUGGUUGGCAGAACAGGCAAAACUAGAUGGUGGAAGACAGCAGUGGAGGCCUGUUCUCAUGGCUGUGACCGAGAAGGAUCUGCUACUUUAUGAUUGUAUGCCAUGGACAAGAGAUGCCUGGGCAUCGCCAUGUCAUAGCUACCCUCUAGUUGCCACAAGAUUGGUUCAUUCAGGUUCUGGAUGUCGAUCACCCUCCCUUGGAUCUGACCUUACCUUUGCUACAAGGACGGGCUCUCGGCAGGGCAUUGAGAUGCAUCUCUUCAGGGUUGAAACACAUCGGGAUUUGUCGACCUGGACCAGAAUACUUGUUCAAGGUUGUCAUGCUGCUGCUGAGCUGGUCAAGGAAGUCUCCCUAGGCUGCACCUUAAGUGGCCAGGAGGUAAGAUUCACUGUCCACUACGAACAUGGGUUCACUAUCUCCAGAGACAAUGGAGGUUCCAGCAGCAUACUGUACCGCUAUCCUUUUGAACGGCUGAAGAUGUCUGCUGAUGACGGCAUCAGAAACCUCUAUCUGGAUUUUGGUGGUCCUGAGGGAGAACUGACUGUGGACCUGCAUUCUUGUCCAAAGCCGAUUGUAUUCGUGUUGCACACAUUCUUAUCUGCCAAAGUCACUCGAAUGGGACUGCUUGUAUGAGCAACGAGAAGUAAGGAAGAGCUGACUGUCACAGGAAGUAUUUCCACCUCCGAAAAAUGAAAAUUAAAACAAGCAUCAACAACAGAGAAGCACAAAAAGCAGCCCUUGCUCUCCUCCAUCAUAGUGCCUUCCCAAGGACCUGCAGAUCACUGCUGAAACCACAGGGUUUGAAGAGGGGCCGACCUCUCCCACACAGCCUUGGCCAGAAGUUCUAGACCUGAAAUAAGCUCCAAAUUGAAGCUGUUGAUUUAUCGUCUCAUUUCACAAUGUGAUCGCUAAGUAAUUACGUUUAUUACGUUUAUAUCUAACCCUGUUAUGAAGGCUGGCUCUUGGGGCUUCUCUUCGGAUAUAAACAAAUAGCCAAAAGAGGUUCUUCUUUUCUUCCUGGAGGAUUUGUCUAGGGCUUAGCCCGAGCUCUUAAUAGGGUAACUUGCUGCCCAGAGGGAGCGUGCAGCAGCCCAGCCCUCAGACUUCCCACCCAGGUCCAUUGCACGCAGUGUUACUCUCUACCUGUUCUUCCCCAGAGGUCCUCGGGUCCACCCUGGCUCCACCCUGCCCCCCACCCCACCUUUGACACCAGCCCUGACACCAGUGCUACCUAGAGUCUGGCCACCUUUGCCUUCACUCCCUUUUUUUUUUUGUAGUUGGCCAAGUUGAAAAGCAAGUUGGAAACGGCUGCUCUGAAAGAGGAGCUUUGCUUCCUUUAGUUUUUGAGUUUGUAUUUGGUAGGAGCCAGGGGAUGGUCUAAGGUUUAUUUUGAAAGAAAGAUCCUCAUUUAAGCUAAGCCAUUUCUUACUGCUUACCAAAUGUGCCUUUGGUUAGGGUCAGUGGAGCUUUAUUAGUGACUGUAGUUGAUUGGAUCUCACUGCCAUUGUAGGAGUCAUCCUUGAGGUCGGUUCCUUAAUGGCAUCUUUUGGUGGCGACUUUGUGGGUCAUUAGCUUUGCAGCACAGAUGCCAUGUCAAGUGGCACAGGGCACUGUGAGCCCAGGAAAGAUCCUGGUACUGGACUUUUGUGGCCCCACAGUAGUGAAAACAAGUCACCUCCAGCUCAAGGUUUAACAGUGGCUGAGAGGGCAGAGUGAUGAGACAGACCUCACAGUCACCUGCUUUUGCUCAGGAUGGCCAAGUGUCAUCAUGACUCAGCAUCAGGGUGCUUUCUGAUUUUGUGGCCUGGAAAAUCAUACUCAGCUUGUUUUUCCUGGGUUGGAAGGAGGAAAUAGAUGUGUGUAGAAACAUUUGAGAUAGUCUCUCUACAUAAAAUAUCCAGAUUAGCACAGUCCCUAAAUCUGAACAAAAAGGAAACAUUGGCUUGGAGUUUUCUAUGCUCUCUGAAAAAAUGUCUAGAAAUAGCUCCCAUGUUCUAAAUUUCUCUGGAGUGUUAUACAGGGAUGUGAGGCUUCAGAUGGGGUAGGAGGAGAAAAGGAAAGAAAACACCGCUGUUCAUGUGGAACUUGAGCUGUGUAGUUGGAGCGUCUUGACUGACAGGUUGGCCAGAGGAAAGAACAGAUACCCAGGGAGAGGUGGUGACUCCACAGUCCUCUGCUGUCUCUUAGUCAGGUUUCUUCCUGCUCUCUGCAGUCAGGCUAACAGUGUACAAGGGCCGGGGAGGAAUGUCCACCCCCACUUCAAAUACGUAUUGGAGCACCGAAAACCAAUGUUGGGAUCCACUUUAAACCAGAAAUUAAAAUCUGAAGAAUAUCUUUCAAGAACUUUUUAUGUUUUAAAAAGUCGUAACCCUGAGAUUGGAUCCAUCCAUGAUACAUCUUCAACUCAAAAAAAAAAAAGAAAGAAAGAAAAAAAGUAUUUUAAAGGUCCACCUGAGUUCAGAAAGCAGAACUACAACAGAUAAGCUCAGGCAGAGUGCUUGGAUGCUCUUGUUUCGAGGAGAUACGACUGGUUCAGGCUUCAGUAGUAGAGUUGAAGUCUUCCAUAUUGGUAUGAAAGGCUAAACCUCCAAGAAGUUUGAUAGGGACUUCUGCCACCCUGUCCCUUUCAGGAGCUGUAAACAGUGUAAUGACUUGGGGCAGUAAGGUGUCCAUCCGUUUGAGAACUGUGGCCCAUGGGGUUUUUAAUACUAUCAUUUGGUUCCUGGUGUAAAAUGGAGGCUUAUGGGUGAUUUCUUUGUCAUUAACAGCCCUGAGAGCGAGGGCCCUAAGCCGCUUGUUUCAGAAGCUGGAGUAGCCCUCCCCCCAGGCAUGUGGUCAGCUAAGUGUGUCAGAUUUUUCAAGCCACAAAUGAAAUGCUUUUUGUGAUUGGGACACCUUGAUACAUACCUGUAUUACCAAUUUUGUACUCAAAUGCCAAAACAUGGUAAAGUAUUUUCAAAUAACUAAAAAUGAACAUCCCUUGAUAAUUCACCUCUUUUAUAGAAUCAGCUAAAUUGUCUUUUUCUUUUGAAUAUUGUUGGGGAUGUUGUGGGAUCCUGGGUGUCAAGGAAACCACAGAGCACCCAGUGCUGAUGGACCACUUCCUGGGUACCUUUGCCUUCCAUACCUGGAUAGCCGGCCCUGGGCACAAGAAGUCUCCUCCACCACAAGACAGGGGACUAAAGGAGGCUGAUGUUAUCAACAAGCCUUGCCUAGAAAUUGGUAUCAAAUAUUUUAUAUAAAGAAAUGCUCAUGUGUGUAUGCUGUAUUUAUUAGAUAAUUAUAACUAAAGUCAUCAACUUGUAAACAGUUUCAGGUUAAAUUUGGGGAUAUGUAUGGGCAACCAAAAGUGUUACUUUAAAUGCCAUCUGCCUAUUUUGAAGCCAUGUUUAGCACUUUUUUAGACUAGGGAAGUCUGACAGUGCCUGGUGGGCUUUUUUGUCUUUUGUUUUUGUCUGAACUCUGAGUUUGUUACUGGAAAUUAUUUUCAUGGUAGGAGAGAUUGAAUUAUUUAUUUUUUUAUAUGUAGAAAAAAUCUCUCUAACCAACAAAAAGCUAACAUUGUUUCUGAUUUAUUUGUUUUCCUAACUUAUUCUCCUGAACAGAAUAGUAGUAAAGCUUUUGUUCAACUGAAUAAAUGCACUUAGCUGAUAAACCAAAAUUUAUUCUUUCAAAACAAGAAAUUAUUAUCACCAAAAAAUAUUAAGCUAUGUAGACUCUAAACACGAUUAUGCCCCCCCCCCAAAAAAAAGGGUUUUACUGUGAGUGGUUUGGAUGAACAAAAGUGUAUAGAGAAAAUGACUGAUUUCUUAAAAAUUUGUAAGAAGCUCAGCCUUCCUGUUUAAUUUAAAUGCAUGUGGAUUUGUUUUCAAAUCCAUCAAUGAAUGUGCCCAUGAGUUUUAAUGCAGAUCACCUUCCAAGCUGCUGUGCAACUUCUGUUGAAAGCCCCACCUGCUAAAAGAGUUCAGCAGUUUGGAAGUGUUCAGGGAAUAGACUCCAGCACUUUCUCUGUUCUUUGUAUCUUUGUCAGACACCUACCUAGAUCAUAAUUUAUUAUUCUCACUGGUUCAAGCUAUUGAGUGUACAUUACAUUUAAACUAUCCAAACAUUCUGCUUCCAUUUCCAAGUGGCCAUCAGCAGCUCUAGGUGCCAAGAAUGAACUGGCUCCUUAGAGAGCUGGGCUCCGGACAGUGGUGGCGCACACCUUUAAUCCCAGCACUUGGGAGGCAGAGGCAGACGGAUCUCUGUGAGUUCGAGGCCAGCCUGGUUGUAGAGUUCCAGGACAGCCAGGGCUGCACAGAGAGAAAAAACAAAACAAGUACAAAAAGAAAUUUGGGCUCAGAGUUAAGAGGGCUUGUCGCUCAGCUAUGAGGACUGGAGUUCGGAUCCCAGCACCCAUGGCCAAUGACCCAGGAAAGGAAAGAAGCAAACAAACUCUUCAUCUCUAAUGAGGAAGUCAAAUGCCAGGUCACUUAGUUCUUAAAAGUACAUUGCUCUGGAUAGAUUUUAAUAUGUAGCACUACAGUGGUAGUCUGAGUACUUGGGAAGCUAAACUGGGUUUGCCAGCAAGACUGUUUCAAAACAAGAUGAAAUUCUAGUACUUCGUAGCUGCAGGUAGCAAAUUAAAGAUUAGCUGUAUAGCUAGUUUAAGGCCAGCUGGAUUAUAUAUGAUCCUGUGUCAAAAAAAUAAAAGAGAUAAAUUUGAGAUUGCCUAACUUUAGUUGAAUUUUACUUUACUUGAAUUUUACAAAAGUCAUAUUCAUUCUUUCAAAUGUUUCUGUCAGGCACAUGAACCAGGUGUUAUUAUAGUGUACUGUGAGCUUAGUAAUCUUUCCAUGACAUUACAGUUGUUUUGUGGCUUUUCCUCUGCUGAAGAUAAAAGAAACUGCAUUUUCCCAUUGUUCCUUCUCCAUGCCCUCAUUUUAAUUAUUUAGUAAUCUAGAAUGAUUUUAACUUCUACAUACACUCCUUAAAAGCUGAUAGCAGUUACCCUGAACCAUCUUUAAGCUCUACCUUUUACUGUGUUGGGCAUCUAGACAUUGACUGGAGUAAUGAUAGGUGGAAAUCAGGCUGCAUGUCAGAGUGAGGUAUAUUCGAGCAGCAUAGUUGUUCCACACUAUAGUGACGUAAGUGGAAGUUAUUCUUUCCAGCAAUGGACUACCCAAGUAGCUGAUCUGAAACUUGUUCUGUCUUUUUUAGAAAAUGAAAUGACCUGGAGGGGUAGCUCAAUAGUAGAGCACCUGCCCAGCAUGUACAAGGCCCUGGGUCCCUCUGGAACACAGCUAAAAACAAACACAAACCCACAUCUGGCUGAUCAGUAACACAAGUUUAUCAAAGGUGAGAAUCAUAGGUUGAGGUUCAGGGAAUAGCCACAGGGAGCAUAUUAUUUUCUUGUCUCUUUCCAGCAGUGGCCAGAUCAACUGGGAAAAUGGUUGUUAUAUUAACUCAGAAAAACAUGAAUUCUUUCUUAUCCUUUUUUAAUGCUAGGCAUUGACAUUGACCCCAGGCAGGGCUUUGGGCAUGCUAAGUAAAUAGUCAGUGCCACCGAGCUAUGUAUUCAUAUAUUCCCAGCCCCUUUGAUUUCAGAAUAACAAGUGUUGGUUUUCUUCUGGGUCUUUAGACAUACUCUCUCGUAUGACCCACCUAGGUCAGCCUCAGAUUGCUGAUCCUCCUGCCUCCAAGUGCCAGGAACCACAACUGUGCACCAGCCUCCAUCUGUAAACUUGAGCAUCAUUUCUGCCACCUCUGUUUCUUCAUCCCACUUAGGGUGACUGGAUCAAAGCAUUUCCUAAAUUCUGUUUAUUUUUAUUUGAUGUAUAUGAGUGUUUGCCUCGUGGAUCGUCUGCACACCUGGUGCCUGAGGAAGCCAGAAGGCGUCAGAUCCUCAGAACUGAGUUCACAAAGGUGGGUGCUUGGGACUAAAACCCAGGUCCUCUGUAGCUGCAGCCAGUGCUCUUAACCACUGAGCCAUCUCUCCAGCUACAGUAUGUGAAGUGAAAUUCCAGCACUUGGGAGGAGUGAGGCAAGGAAGAUCAAGAGUUCAAAGUCAUCCCUCAGCUAUAUAAAGAGUUUGAGGUCAAUCUCGGAUACAUGAAACUCAGCUCAUGUGAAUUUAAUGUAAUAUAUAAAUAUGCUUUUUGCAAAUUAUUCUUUGCUCUCAGAUACCAAUUGGUGUAUGUGUAUGUGUGUGUGUUUGUUGAUUUGUUGGUUGGUUGGUUGGUUGGUUGGUUUUUCAAGGCAGGUUUCCUAUGUGUAACAACCCUGGCUGUCCUGAAACAGCCAUAUCUGAUUCAGAGAUCAGCUUACCUCUGCCUCCCAAAUACUAAGAUUAGAGGUGUUUACCACCAUGCUUGGCUUAUUUUUUUAUUAUUCUUUUAAAUAGGCAGCAAAGCUUAUUUCUAAAUAUUGCUGACCUAUUCAUUUUCAUACAUACCGUUUAAGCAUCUUUUUGUUUUGUUUUUGUUUUUGUUUUGUUUUGUUUUGAGGCAGGGUUUCUCUGUGUCCCUUUGGAGCCUGUCCUAGAACUCACUUUGUAGACCAGGCUGGCCUCAAAUUCACAGAGAUUCACCUGGCUCUGCCUCCCAAGUGCUGGGACUAAAGGUGUGUGCCACCGCCGCGGCCUCUGCCACUGCCACCACCACCCGGCCAGUGUCUUUUUUUUUUUUUGGUUUUUCGAGGCAGGGUUUCUCUGUGUAGCUUUGCGCCUUUCCUGGGACUCACUUGGUAGCCCAGGCUGGCCUCGAACUCACAGAGAUCCGCCUGGCUCUGUCUCCCGAGUGCUGGGAUUAAAGGCGUGCGCCACCACCACCCGGCAUAGUGUCUUAUUUUUUUAAGGUCCUUAUACACAUGAUAGCUGGACUGUUUCUCCAUUAAUAAGCACCCAAAUUGCAUUAAAAAUUGGCAAGAUUCCAGGGCUGGCUCGGCAGUUAGAACACUGGCUGCUCUUCCAGAGGUCCUGGGUUUAAUUCCCACAACCCUCUGUAACUAUAGUCCAAUGGGAUCCAGUGCCCUCUUCUGGUAUGUGAUGUACAUGCAGACAAAACACCCAUAUACAUACAAUACAUAAACAAGUCCAGGGCUGGAGAGAUGGCUGAGAGGUUAAGAGCACUGGCUGCUCUUCCAGAGGUCCUAAGUUCAAUUCCCAGCAACCACAUGGUGGCUCAUAACCAUCUAUAGUGGGAUCUGGUGCCCUCUUCUGGUGUGCAGGCAAACAUGCAGGCAGAAUACUGUAUGCAUAAUAAAUAAAAAAAAAAAUAAGUCCUAAAAAAUUAGCAAGAUACCACUUAUUCUAGGACACACUGGUGUUCAAGCUCAGUGGAAAGAGACCUAGAAAAAAUGAGAGGUUGACUGAGUUUUCCUACAGUGACAGUCCCUUUCAAUCAUCUUGCCUUCAAUUAUUAACCUGUCAGGUCAGCUUUUCAAACAUGUUUAAUCAUUCCCAGACAGCACCUGAGCUCUCUGUGGUGGGGGUGGCAUAAGGAUGUAGUUACAUAGGCUUCUCGUUUUCAAGUGUAGCAAGUCGUGUGAAAAGGAGGUCAUCCCUUCAGUGUCUUGCUCUUUAACCCUGCCCUUUGACAGGUGCUAAUGAUUGUAUUUUCUCAAAACCAGCACAUGGCAUUGCUGUCUGUCCAGUCCUGCAGGAUGGAAGAAGUGCUUUCCCUCUGUUGAGUCCUGUUAACAGUAGGUAGCUGUUGCAUGUUGCUGACGUUUUCUGCAUUAGUAGGAUUGAGGAGAGAAAAAAGUUCAGGUUUGCCGUCUCUGAGACCUCACUUAUAUCAUAUCCUAGGCCCUGGGUUCAGAUCUCCUUCAGUACAGGACGCCCGUGUUAUGGUUAGUCUGUUAGGUGAGUGGAGUAUGGAGAUCUCGAUGCCCAGGUAAUCUCUCUCCUUCCAGAUCUGAAGUAGUACAGAGCAUAACCUAUUUUUUCUCCUGUGCACACUCUGAUAUGACCCACAUGUGUGUAUUAUUCCCCACACUGCUUUUUUUCCCUAAGUGUAAGACUUAGAAAGCAGCGUAAGUAAGGCUGGUGACGUAGCUCAGCUGGAUGAAGGCUUGCCUCACGUACAGGAAGCCCUGGGGUCCAUCCCCAGCACCAUGUCAAACCAGGGGUGGUGGUCACAUUUGUGCGCCCAGCACUCACUGGAGAGGUGGAGGCAGGAAGAAGCUGUCCUCAGUUACAUGGUGAAUAUCAAGCCAGCUCAAGUGUGUGAAAUUGUCCCAAGAAAGAAUACAUUUCUACCAGUUGGUUGUUUUGGGCUUUCUUUGUUUUCUCUUUUUAAAAUCCUGUAUUAAAAGUAAGACCUCUGUUCAAGUCUUAUUUAAAGUGUCUCAAGUUUCUGGCUACCGAAUCAAAGACCCAUAACAUAAAACAGAGCAGUAUGUAUUCUCAAUUUUUAAAAAAGCUUUAUGUAUACUCUAUUAAUAUUGAUGUUUAGACAACACUUCCCUUGGGUUGCACAUCAACAUAUAGCAUUGUAUAUUACAAUGAAAACUUGUAACUUAAGGGUAUUAUAUAUAUAUACAUAUAUAAGUAUAUAUGCCUUUGUAACCUUUAUAUUGUAAAUAAAAAGUUGCUUUUGGA